GUAAAAGCGUUAAUGCUCGUACGUGACAUAGAGAGGGGGACACGUAUAUAUAUAUGAUGACGUUUGUUACUCUGACUUAAUAGUUCACACAUAACAAACCAGAAAAUCUUUUAAAGAUCAUGUUAAUCAUUUAAGCUCAUUAAAAGAAACGGUUUUUUUCUUCUGUCGCCCGGUGAGAUUUCUCCCCUCAUUGUUAACCGGAAAUACAAUCAAAAUGAGAUACUUAUCGAUGACGAUCUGUGUCCUCGUGACAUUCGCGCUGCCGAAAUCUAUCUAUGGACAUCCUGCGACUGACAGCAGGUCGAUCUUGAAUAUGUUGGAAUCACAUGUGUCAAAGCUAGAAACUAUCUCUAAACCAAAAGCGAUCUCGAUGCUCAUUCAACAGAAAAAUUUAUCGAUUCCGACUAAAUCACGACAAAGACGCUUGUCGGAUCAAAGACUAGCCGAGCUGGAGACGCUAAUGAGUUUGUCAAAACUUGUUUCUCAAUCACUUGUUGCGACAUCUGGACAUGGACAACCAGAUCCAAGGAUAAUUGGGCGGCGAAAAUGAUGAAUCAGACUACAUCGAGUUAAUGUAUCUAUUAAAGUAAAACAUCGCGUAUAUUCUCUAAUUAGGUAAAUAUUUUAUUCUAUUAUUACGGAUUACACAAGAACUUCGCUCGCAGAUAGCGAAUCUUUUUUGUAAUCUGUGUUAACCAAACAUCUUCGAUGGAAGAAUGCGAAAAAGAUGAAAGACAUGAUGAUGAAGAUCACGUUUUUUUGCAAUAUUUUGCGACGCAUGUUAUUUUGCGUAAAUAAAUCAUGGCUUAUGAUAAUUGCAUGUAUCGUAAAUUCGAAAGAAACAUUAAUGUUAACAUAAGUCUAUACUUCGAGAAUAACGCAAGGCUAUCGCUGUCACUGUAUCAGUGAUAAGUCGCAACGGUCGUUCGAUUCACGACGGCAUGGCGCGGCGGCGCUCGUGCCGUUCCU